ACGCGCAGAACGCUGUUGUCUAAUUACGUCACCCCGGAGACAGCGGAAUACAUGCACAAGAACUGCCUUCAAAUUUGGUAUUGGUUUGUUGAUGUAUUAAUUACAUCGUUUCUGGUAGCUUGAACGAUACGCCUCGUGGAAAGGAGCAGCGUGUGAGCGGACCAUGGGAGGACCUCCCUCACGUCAGGCACCAGAUGUGCGAGAGAGGAGGGGUUCCUCCCCAGGAUUAUCAGAGAUGGAGACCCUGAGAUGGCCAAUGAGCAUCACCUUGACUCGGCGGGGAAGAGAGUGUACUUUUGAUACUUUCUCUACACUAAUCAAAGGACCUCGCAUGCUCUCACAAGAGGGUGUGACCAAGCAGCAGAGAUCAGCUGCUGAACAAUGUACAACUCAUACAGAAACUCAAACAGUUCUACACCCAAGCCCAGGCCAGAGAGCGGAGGUGAUGAUGGGCCCCAGAGUUCCCCAGUAGGCCUCUCUAACUGGUCCCACCCUGAAUGGGUGUCUGUUCCUUGACAUCUCCAUCUCUCAUCACCACCCCAUCAAUCCCGUACCUCUGUGACCAUCCCUGCAGAAACAGGGCUCCACUUUGUCCCAAAACCCACCCCAUUUCCCCACUAGGCCCCCAGCCUCAUAGACCCCACUGUGCAUGGGUUGUGACAGCUACCUGACAGCAGAGGCCCCUAAAUUACCAAAAUUUUAGCCCAAACCUCCCUCUGUCCCCCAAUGCAUCAAAACACCAUUGGUAGAAGCACCAGCAUCCCCCAACAUAUCCAAAUACCAUGUGUCUGUCCAAGAGUGAGAGACCAUCCCCCACUUUGUAUAUCCAUAAUGGAGCCCCUCUACCUUGCUUUCAUCCACAUCAAGGUUCCCUGACCCAGUAAACGCCUGCAUGAUCAAGGCCUCCACAGGGAAUAGAGGUGGAUGUUAUCAUAGCAUUCCAGCCCAUGUGAAAGUAUGCCAAUUAGCAUAGCUGGAGAAUGUUGUUUUGCUAGCCUCUUUCACUAAGCCCCCUUCCCAAUGACAGGCGGGGCCCAUGUGGCUGGCUGUCACUGGAAUUGCCAUUCAUGCUGAAAAUUGAUACUUUCUGUUGCAGCUGCUCUGAGAUUUAUUGCACAAUAGGAAAGAAAUAUAAAUUCUACAGUAGGUGGCAUGUAACCAGUCCUGUCAAUGUCAAAUAUGACUCAACAAAAAUUCCAGUAAUACUCUUGUGCAAUAGGUUUUCCCAAUGUUCCUUGGCUCUGCGGUGUUGGUGCUCAAAAUCCAGUGAUGUUAGCUGACUGACGAUAUGCUUUGAUAGUUAUUAAAGUUGGCUAGCCACGCCGAACACAC